AUGGACAGUUCUAAAGCAAAAUGUACGUUGCUUUGUGGCACAUCAAUAGCUUACUCUCAGUCUUUAUUAUUUGAAAGCGCUGUAUACUGGUCUGAAUUUGGAUAUCGAGUGGUUUACAUUCAAAUGUCUCAGAUGAAAUCUCUACCAAUUCCAUUAGAUGGUGCGAAGCCGCCUAGUGUACAUGCACUGAAUCGCAUUACAUUCCUAACAUUGUCACAGUGGGAAGAUCUUGUCAAGUACACUUGUUCAUUACACGAAACCAGUCCAAAUGUGCCACAUGUAAUUUUAGUAUCAGACUUAAAUAAUUACUAUAGGAAUGAAGAUAGUGAUCAAACUACAAGACUAGCACACAUGCUAUGUGCUUGUUUGUGUGAUGCCAUUUCAUAUUGUAGUAAAGUACAUAAUUCUACAUCAUAUUUAACUGUUUCAACACAAGACACUGCACUUGAAACACAUAAACUAUCUGCAAUGUAUUUCCCAUCAACCACGUGGAUUAGCAGUGUUGUUGAUGAUCAAGUAGUUUUUUGCAAAAAACAACUGUAUUUACACCAACAGCGUAGCUGUAAAAUAAAGUUUAUCAAAGUGAACAAUAAACUAAGAUGCGAUUCUGUAGAAGUAUUAUACUUGUGA